AUUAUGUGUGGCUAAAAGUAAUUAAUGGUCACUGUGAAACAUUCUAUGUGUGGCCAAGUCUCUUUGUUGAUCUCCGUUCUUCCACUGCCUUCUAUAUCCUAAAAUGCAGAAGUUACAGGCAGUUCCCAGUUCUGUUAAUCCCCACUACCCAAAAUUGUCAUACGCUUCCCUUGUAAAAAAUGCUUUUAGGGCAAAACCAGAAUUGUUUAUCUAGAUGCAGAAAGAGGAAGAACCAUAUUAGAGAGCCAACUCUUCAAGAAAUCUCUUCAAGAAAUUAGCGAUAUUCAGCUACAAUUUGAUUGCAUAUAAAGUCGAUUGGGGCAUAACCUUGCUAUUGUCCUUGUAUGCCUGUCGUUUUAGCCGCCACUAUCAUCUUCUUCAGAAAAAACUUCGUUAACAUGAAAUUAGUUUAUUUGAUUGGCAGCAGGUGGCAUAACAUAGAUAGCCACUCCAACUGUCGUAAGGGUCGAAACAGGUUUUUUUGUGGAUUAAAUGGGUCGUGUAACCUUUCCCAAUUGCAGCACCAACACUUUGAAGACAUUCAACUUAUGGCAGACACAUGUUUGGAAGCUUUUAGGUUUUCCAUCUCUUGGUCUAGACUGAUCCCAAUUGUUUUAUAUGUGUCAACUAAGGCGAUCAACUGUAUAUUCAUAAUAAAGAUUGCCGAGGUUCACAUCGCAACUUCAGUGUGUCUUAAGGAGGUCACAAGUUGUACAAAGACUUUACCCAUAACGCAUCAGUUUUUUCUAUUUUCAUGAUAUCAUUUGAUCAUACGACAUCAGAAUUGGCCACUUGUUACAAGUUUACUCCCCACCACAACCAAAGCAAAGCAAGGUGGCCACCAACCCAUGGAUGCAAAUUAGCGGCACGUUCAAGUCCAAAAUCCAUGAGUAUAUAUGGACUUGAAGAAAACAUCCUAGAAAUAGUUCUUAGUUUAUGUGUAUAGUCGUUUCACUUUGUUACUUUUGUAUGGAUUAUUAUUGUUAAUAUCAUUUUAUUUUUUUAUUU